AGGCGGGCGGGCGGGCGGCGGUGUCGGCCGGGCCCCCUCUCCCGCGGCAAGCCCCACCUUUCGGCUUUCCCGCACCGUCAAUCAAAAUAGGAAAAAAAACCCGGAGUAGGCUCGGGCCGCCGCCGCCGCUUCAGCCCGCCGUGAGCACAAUAAGCAUGUCCCCGGCGGCAGCCGCCUAGCCCCAGCCAGCAGGGCCUGUGUGCGAGCCAGCCUGCCUGCCUGCCUCCCGCCCAGCCAGCCAGCCAGCCGGCCGCUCGCACUCACACCAUGACCGCUCCCGAGAAGCCCGUGAAACAAGAGGAAAUGGCUGCCUUAGACGUGGACAGCAGCAGCCACAGCGAAUAUCUCCAGCACGGCAACGGCGCCGCCUCGGCCUCCGCCGGGGCGGCCGCCCCCCAGGACGCGCAGCCGUCACCGCUCGCUCUGCUGGCGGCCACCUGCAGCAAGAUCGGCCCGCCGUCGCCGGAGGAGGAUGAGGCCGCCGCCGCCGCCGCUGCCUCUCACUCUGCCGGAGCGACAGGGGAUUUGGCUUCUGUGCAAUUAGCUGGAGCUCCAAACAGAUGGGAGGUCUUGUCUGCAGCUCCUACCACUAUAAAGGAUGAAGCUGGUAAUAUAGUACAGAUUCCAGGUGCUGCCACAGUAACUUCAAGUGGGCAGUAUGUCCUUCCUAUUCAGAGUUUGCAAAAUCAACAAAUCUUUUCUGUUGCACCAGGAUCAGAUUCGUCGAAUGGUACAGUGUCUAACGUACAAUACCAAGUAAUACCCCAGAUCCAGACAGCGGAUGGUCAGCAGGUUCAACUUGGCUUUGCAGCCUCCUCUGAUAAUAGCAGUAUAAAUCAAGAAACUGGUCAAAUUCAGAUCAUUCCUGGCUCGAAUCAAACCAUCAUUGCCUCUGGAACAUCUUCAGCUAAUAUUCAGAAUAUCUUAUCUGGUCAGUCUGGUCAAGUCCAGGUUCAGGGAGUUGCAAUUGGUGGUUCGUCUUACCCUGGCCAAGCACAAGUGGUUGCUAACGUCCCUCUUGGACUGCCAGGAAAUAUUACUUUUGUACCCAUUAAUAGUGUUGAUCUAGAUUCUCUGGGACUUGGCAGUGGUUCUCAAACCAUGACAGCAGGUAUUAAUGCAGAUGGGCACUUGAUAAAUACUGGACAGGCCAUGGAUAGCUCAGAUACUUCUGAGAGGACUGGUGAGCAAGUUUCUCCUGAAAUGACAGAAACUGCCACUGAUAAUGACUUAUUUGUGCCAACGUCAUCUUCAUCACAAUUGCCCGUUACCAUAGACAGUUCAAGUAUAUUGGAACAAAAUGCAAAUGACUUGACCACAACUAGUGGUCAAGUUCAUGGUUCUGAUCUUCAGGGAAAUUACAUCCAGACAUCAGUCUCUGAUGACACGCAGGCUCAGAAUAUUCAGGUCUCCACAGCACAGCCAAUUGUACAACACAUACAGCUACAAGAGUCGCAGCAGCCAACCAGUCAAGCCCAGAUUGUACAAGGUAUUGCGCAACAGACAAUCCACGGUGUUCAAGCAAGUCAAAGUAUAUCUCAGCAGGCUCUUCAGAAUCUUCAACUGCAGCUGAAUCCUGGAACUUUCUUAAUUCAGGCACAAACAGUGACCCCUUCUGGGCAAAUAACCUGGCAGACAUUUCAAGUGCAAGGAGUUCAGAACUUGCAGAACUUGCAAAUUCAGAAUGCACCUGGUCAACAAAUAACUCUGACCCCUGUCCAGACUCUCACUCUUGGUCAAGUUGCAGCAGGUGGUGCGUUGACAUCAACUCCAGUUAGUCUAAGCACUGCUCAGUUGCCAAAUCUACAGACAGUUACAGUAAACUCUAUAGAUUCUGCUGGUAUUCAGCUGCAUCAAGGAGAAAAUGCUGGCAGUCCUGCAGAUAUUAGGAUUAAAGAAGAGGAUCCUGAUCCAGAAGAGUGGCAGCUCAGUGGUGAUUCUACACUGAAUACUAAUGAUCUAACACAUUUGAGAGUACAGGUUGUAGAUGAGGAAGGGGACCAACCACAUCAGGAGGGGAAAAGGCUGCGACGAGUAGCAUGUACAUGUCCCAACUGCAAAGAAGGUGGUGGACGAGGCUCCAAUUUGGGGAAAAAGAAGCAACACAUUUGUCACAUACCAGGAUGUGGCAAAGUAUAUGGGAAGACUUCACACUUGAGAGCUCAUCUCCGCUGGCAUUCUGGAGAGCGUCCAUUUGUUUGCAAUUGGAUGUUCUGUGGCAAAAGGUUCACUCGCAGCGAUGAGCUCCAGCGACACCGAAGAACGCACACAGGUGAGAAGAAAUUUGUCUGUCCAGAAUGUUCAAAACGCUUUAUGAGAAGUGACCAUCUUGCCAAACACAUUAAAACACAUCAGAAUAAAAAAGGCAUUCACUCUAGCAGUACAGUGCUGGCAUCAGUAGAAGCAACAUCUGAUGAUACUUUGAUUACUGCAGGAGGAACAACACUUAUCCUUGCAAAUAUUCAACAAGGUUCUGUUUCAGGAAUAGGAACUGUUAAUACAUCUGGCACCAGCAAUCAGGAUAUUCUUACCAACACUGAAAUACCUUUACAGCUUGUCACAGUUUCGGGAAACGAGACAAUGGAGUAAAUAUUACACAAGAUACCUAUUAAUUGUGGUUAUUUUUAUACAGUAGUGAGAAGAAUAUUGUUCCUAAGUUCUUAGAUAUCUUUUUAUUGAUGUGCAAAAAUUUUUGGAUUGACAGUAACUUGGUUAUACAUGACACUGAAAUGCCUUACUUUGUAUGAUAUUCCAUAGUAUAUUAAAAUGGUAAAAUUGCAUGGGUUUUGUAGGUACUUUUGGAAUCUAGAAGAGAAGAAAUUUUACCAAGUUAUAUUAAAAAAAAAAAAAAAAGAAUUUAACGAUGGAAAUGGUAGUCUAACCAAAUGCAUCAAUCCUGUGUGGUUUAGUGUAAAAAAAAUGAGAACAUGUUGGUAUUUAUCUAUUGUAAGAUAAAAGAAGUUGAUGGGUGAAAAGAAAUCACAUUAUGAUAAAAGAAAUUUUGUAAUUUUCUUGAUGACUGGAAUUUUUAUUAUGCAUAACUGACAAAUCAAGUUUCCAAGCAAAUGUUACAUAGUGUAGGCUUUACUUAGCUCAUCAACUUGUCAUUUUGAAGCUAAUUAUUUUAAUUAGGUUAACUAUGUACAAUAUUUUAAGCAUUACUCUUGUAAGAUUUUGCAAACUACAUUUUAACAUGGAACUCUAGGGAUAGUCACCUUUUAAAUCCUAUUGAAAAGCCAUGUUUAAGAUUUAAUUUGCCAAAAUGAUGUCUUGUUAAUGUUCUUUCAAUAACCAAGGUGGGCAAUAUAACCAAUGUUUAAAAAGCUUAAAAUGUUAAGAAAAAUAAAUAUGUAUAGGUUGAAGCAUUUGGGUGGUAAGGCAGAUGUUAUAGUGAAGUAUAUCCCUUCUUUUGAACAUUGGAGGACCAAAAAUAAGGUGUAUUGCGUCUCAGCAGUGAUUUUUAUCAAAUCUUUUUCCAAAAAAACAUCUGUAUGCCAGGGCCUUAAAAGCCAUCAUGUAAAUUACCAGUAAAAUAUUACAUAUGCAAAUACAAAAGAAAAAUCACUUCCAUAUUGACAGUACUCCCAAACAUAUGGAUAUAGUCAUAGUGAACUAGGGGGGUUAUGAGGUUUUUAUUUGUUUGUUGUUUAGUUUUUGGUUAGUCAAUCUGCAUUUAAAUAUCAGCCAUCUUUCCUUUUUUGCUUCUUCCCUUAAAAAUUGUAUGUAUCCAGUACAUUUAACUGAUAAACAUAUAUGUUUUUUAUUAUGCUGAAUUUUCUUUUUAUUUUUUAAUUACUGUUUAUAUUUUCAAUUAUAGAAAAUGUACAAAAUGAAGUUAUAUAGCCAGUCUGUAAGUGCUAUACCAUUUUCAAAAAAUGUACAACAAUAAUUACUGCAGUUCACCUAUUUACAAGCAUUUGAAAAUCUGUUCAUUUGUUAUUCUUAAAACCACCUCAAAUUUAAAGGCUACCUUAUUGUACGUUUAAAGUGUAUUAUAACAGUGUGGUAGUUAAUAAAACACUAUUUUUUUUUCUUUUGA